ACCGCCACGGCCCGCAAGAGCUUUACCCCUUAUGCCUGUUUGAUAACCCCUAACCACCCGCAUAACUUUAAUUGAGAACUCUUCUCUCAGCUUGCCCGUCAUGGGCGGUUCCGAAAACGAAUCAGUUGGUUCUGGUCAACUGUCCACUCGCGGUUUCCGUAUACAUUAUCGAAAGACCCUUCCGAUUGCAGCUCGUCCCGGUUUGGCUGCUUGGAGUCCGCAGCUUGAUUUGAUAGUAAUUGUCACUUCCAAUGAAAACAUCCUGCUCUACCGUAUGAACGGACAGAGAGUUUGGGGUGUCGCGCACAGAAAGGAAAAAUUAGCUUCGGAUGUCCGGGUGGAAAGGAUGCAAUGGCGUCCAGAUGGUUUGUCUACGCAUCAGAGAGCUACUUCUAUUGGUUUUCUCGGUCCGCUUACUCGGCUAACCCUCAUUUCAGGGAAAAUGUUGGCUUUAGGAUAUAGCGACGGCUCCACACGAAUAUACGACGUGAACAAUGGCAAACAAAUCCAUCGUAUCACCUCAGAAGUGUCAAACUUUGGAAAGGUGACCUGCGUAGGGUGGGUUGAUAACCAUUCGGACUCGAGGUCUCCUGGUCAAGCCUCAGAAACUAAGUCAACAGAGUGCACACCUCAAGCACUGUUUGAUAUGGAUAUCGGCCAGAUGUUGCCCCGAUUGAGUGUUCUGCCCUCCUCUGCUGGGAAGUACGUGUUACUCCUCAUCCCCUUCGCUGAGAGGGAAUGCUCACAAUCGCUAUAGCGAAAGCACUUUCACCUCCAAGGUUACACUAGACGCUUUAAUCAACUCUGUUACUAAGACCGGAGAGGGAAAGAAUCUGGAUGUUUUACUCAUUGGUGAGGAGGAUGGAAAGAUACUUUUAAAGUGGGCAGAAUCCAAACAUCUGGUGGAUUGAUUGAUUGCUAAGGGUUUCAAGUGUGUUUGACUCUUUCCUGAUUGGCACUAUGGAUCUAUCGUCACUUUCAGACAGGCUUCGGCCUUCUUCUAGGGUAUGUUCCUGGAUCGAAAUAAGUUGCUUAUAUUUGAUCAUUCUAAUUUGGACCUAGCUUCUCCGACAUACAGCUUCUCCCGAUCUUUCUACACACUCUCUUCUCAUAGAAGAUGUGCAAAGCGAGAAUAUAUUGUUUGCGACGAUGGAUAUAUUAUUCAUUCAACAGUUUGGUCAAUAUCUAUUCCAACUUGCUUCGACUUCCACCAGAGUUCAAGCGCUGCUCCGGUAUAUAAAAGAAACCGUUGUGGCCUUGGAAGCCGAGUUUAAGGCCAUGAAUGAUCUGGCUCAGCGUUACGUCAGCAUCAUAGACGAGGACGUGAAAAAACAAGGGAGUGAGGUAUCUCUCGAGUUUUUCGAGCUUCUUGUGACCGGAGUGCCUAGCGGUAUCCUGAAAGAAUGGCUGGUCGAUGUGUUGACCGAAAGGGUAACGACACCCUCCCUUUCUUCCCCUCUCUUUCUUCUUUUUUAGGCAGUACGUUAACACCUGAGUGGCAGGGCCAAAAAAGAUGGGAGAAAAGUUCUAUGAAUGGGUAUGAAACGCUCCGAAGGCUAGUACACGAGAACCUUCUACCGACUUGCGAAAGAUUGAUUGUCUUAUUUUGCCGCCUACGAGGUUUGGCUAGAUGGUGUGUCUUUGGUUGGCUCCUAAUUUCGUGGCUCAAGAUUAAAUCUUUCUAGGAAAGAGCGAGGGAGCCCUCUAGGUUUGGAUCCAGACGACUUCACCCGUUGCUUGGACGUUGUCUCAGGCCUAACUGUCUUCGCGCAUGAGUUCCUCUUAAAGCUCAACAGAGAAUUAGAACACUAUGACGCUUUUGCUUCAUGGCUCAGGCACACACUAGACGAAUUGGCCACUGUCAUUAAUAUCGAUGACAAACCUCCAGAAGACCCCCAGAUUGACACCCUCAGGGUUUCCGAAUACAUUAGCGAAUAUCUCAAAGAGUCCUCCUUACGGCACUUUUUCCGUUCUGCGAAAGGUCCAACGAUUAGUGAAUACAAGGGAAAGGGAGAGAGCAUCUUUGAACUUUAUGCUAGGCCUAAAACUAAAGACACCGAAUUUCCGGGCUUCUUUGAGCUGACAGAGUACCUCGAGGAUCUUUGCAAAACUGUAUUCGCCAAACCCCAACAGGCAAUGAGACAACAACUAAGAGUCGGGAAGCCAGUGGUCAUCUCAGACCAUAACAAAGGCAUGGGGGACAUGAGGAUGGUGACCAAGGAGGGGAAGCCAGUCGGAUAUUUGGCUUUCCGAGGGGGUGAUGGCAAUGAUCUCAUAUUAAUACGAUGUGACAUAUCAAUCGUAGGAGGAUUGAGCUCUGUUUUGAAGACCGGAUGCGCUAGGGUUUCGCUAGCUGCUCAGGAAGGGAAAGGAAGUCUGAUAGACUUUCAGUUUGUUGACGACGAGACAAUAAUUCUCUUAUUUGCUGGCCGAGGUAUCAGACGCAUUCCAAUUCCCACUCCCAAGUUUAAUAUGCUGAGCCAAGAUAUUCCACCCCAGAUGGCCACAGCUCUGAGAUGAUGACAAUCGCUUGCAAUGCAAUCAAUUACGAUGAAGACUAUGACCCGGAGGAUCUUGCCGAGAGCGUCUGCUCAUACGCGGAUAGCCUCGACGGCCAAAGUAUUGAUAUUGUGAGCAGGCGUGUAUUCGAUCCUGGAUUCACGCCUUCUCAACUCACGGUCAACGGGAGGAAGGGGAGACGGGUGGGGUGUGUUGUGGCGGAAGACCGAGUAACAUAUUUAGUUUUCGACAUAGAUCAAGGAGAAGAUGGCGACGAUCAUGAUCGUGAUGAUGAUGACGAUGAUGAUGAGGAGGAGGAUGGAGGGAUGGCUGUCGAUAACGGGGAGGAUGCAAGUGAUUAUGAAUAAAGCAGCAUACAGAUGGUGGUGCUGGGGUUGGGUUGGCGAGCAGAUGGAAGCCGAUAUCUGUUACCCGUAUAUUCACCUUGUUUUUAUAGAUGGUUACUCUGCGUGCUCUAGAUAAAGCAUUAUUAAAAGUAUAAAUAUUGCUCU